AUGGCCCCGAAAGAGGACAUGCUGCCUCCGGGUUGGGAGGAUCUAGACAGACAAAUGGGUCAGCUGUUUAUGAUGGGUUUCGAUGGCACAUCAGUCAACCCUCAGAUUCGCUCACUCAUUGAGGACUACCAUCUGGGCUCCGUUCUUCUGACGGCCAAAAAUCUUACAUCGGCCGAAGAGACAACCCAGCUGGUCCUGGAACUGCAGACCAUCGCCCGUAAUGCGGGCCAUCCCGUUCCUCUUCUUAUUGCUCUAGAUCAGGAGAAUGGCGGUGUCAAUAGCCUAUACGACGAAAUAUAUAUACGCCAGUUCCCUAGCGCCAUGGGCAUGGCGGCUACAGGAUCAAAGUCACUAGCACAUGAAGUGGCAAUCGCCACGGCACAGGAACUCAAGGCGGUCGGGGUCAAUUGGAUCCUGGGGCCCGUUUUGGAUGUCUUAACCAACGUGCGCAACCAACCGCUGGGCGUCCGCACCACCGGCGAUGAUCCUCAGGAGGCAUCCCAAUAUGGAGUCCAGUUCAUGAAGGGCUACCGGGAAGCCGGUCUGGUAACCUGCGGCAAACACUUUCCCUCGUACGGGAACCUGGAGUUUCUGGGCUCUCACACGGAUGUGCCCAUCAUUACGGAAUCACUAGAGCAACUCAGCCUGAGUGCCUUAGUUCCCUUUCGCAAUGCCAUCAUACAAGGUUUGGAUGCCAUGAUGGUGGGCGGUGUUUCCAUGUCAUCAGCCGGAAUGAACGUCAUGCACGCCUGUUUGAGUGAUCAAGUCGUGGACGAGCUUCUCCGGAAGGACCUCAGAUUCCAAGGGGUGGUUGUGUCUGAGUGCCUGGAAAUGGAGGCUCUCACCCACAAUAUCGGAGUCGGGGGUGGAACGGUGAUGGCGAAGAACGCGGGCUGCGAUAUCAUUCUCCUCUGUCGGUCAUUUCCGGUACAACAGGAAGCCAUCAACGGACUCAAAUUAGGCGUGGAGAACGGGAUCAUUGGUCGCGCACGAAUUGAACAGUCGCUGCAUCGAGUUUUGGCUUUGAAAUCCCGGUGCACCUCGUGGGAGCAGGCGCUGAAUCCGCCCGGGUUACCCUCGCUCACACAGAUGCAGCCAUCUCACACCAACCUAUCCACGCACGCAUACAACAACUCCAUCUCGGUGGUACGGGAUAGGCAAAAUUUGCUUCCUCUUUCCAAUGUUAUUGAACCAGGCGAGGAGCUUCUGCUCCUGACUCCGUUGGUGAAGCCACUUCCGGCGUCCGCGGUUUCUCUCUCCGUGGCAGAAUCUAUGCAUGGGCCCCUCGAGCGAGAUCGAACUGCCUCUGUGGUAAGCGGAGAGAGUGUCUUCAAAGAACUCGGGCGAUCGCUGUCGCGACAAAGAAACGGACGCGUGCUGCAUACCUCGUAUACCGCCAAUGGCAUGCGACCAAUCCAUGAAGAUCUCAUCAGACGGGCAAGCGCCGUUAUCGUGGUUACCGCCGAUGCCAAUCGAAACUUAUACCAGCAAGGAUUUUCGAAGCAUGUCUCCUUAAGUUGCCAAUCACAGUACUCCCCAUCUGGCGACCGCCGUGAAAAGCCUGUGAUUGUGGUGGCUGUCAGUUCGCCGUAUGAUUUUGCCAUGGAUUCCUCCAUCGGAACUUAUGUUUGCACGUAUGACUUCACAGAGACUGCCCUUCAAGCCCUGGUCAAGGUCUUGUAUGGCGAACUGACCCCUAUGGGGUUGUUGCCGGGCUCUAUCAACCGCAGUCAGAAACUCUAUCAGUCCCGUCAACACUGGCUUGUGGAAAACUGGAAUGAGGAGCGCGACUCCGUCGGUCUGGAUGCCCUGUUGAAUGCGGUUCGGGGGGACAGUCCGCACGGGCAGCGUUCAGAACUGCUUGGUGUGGCUUCCCAUAGUUUUCUGCUGCGGCGGGAGGACAUCGACGAGGCUCACUUUGUCGUCCGUAACAGCAGCACGCAGGCGUUGUAUGGAUUUUGUGCAACCUACUUCUUCCGAUCAACCGGCACCGGAGUAAUUGGGUGUUUGAUUGUCGACCCUUCCCGGCGGAAACUCUCCAUCGGACACUCCCUUCACAGCCGCGCAAUCCGAACCCUUCUCCAACGAAGAGGGCUGAAGCGAUUCCAGCUUGGAUCUCGGCUUCCCGGGAUCUACUUGGGGAUCCCGACCGUCAACCCCGUCGAACGCAAGCGGCUGCGGCAAUGGUUUGCGAACUUGGGGUGGAACACUGCGCUUUCGCGCUCAGUGUGCAGCGUGAUUCUGCGCAACUUGACGACGUGGGUGCCUCCUGAAGGGCUUGCGGCAACACUGCAGAAUGUCGAGGUCACGUACGACCUCGUGUACGGCUGGGAUUUUGCGCGGGCGAUUCUUGACCACAUCAAAACGAACGCCCGGCAAGGCGUCGCGGACAUUUACCGCAUGGCGCUGGGCAGCGCCCCCAAUUGCGGCAUUAUUCGGGCCAAGCGACCCUUCGACGGCGUCAUCCUGGGGAGUAUUGUGAUAUACAAUGAACGGUCCGCGCUAGCCGAGCACAUGCCGGUCCUGCGUGGCACCCAGACCUCUGUGGGAGGGAUCUCGUCGCCCGUGAUCUCCCCCUGCGCCGAUGAUUAUUCUACCGUCAUGCAGGGGUUGAUUCUAUUGGCGAUCAGACAGAUCCGGAAGUUGAAUGCUAAUGCUGUGGUCAUGGACUGUGUGGACGGAGACGGCAACUUUGAUUGCUUGUCCACCAUGGGCUUUAGCAUGCUACACAGCUUCGAGGAAGUCAACUGCGACGCAGCCACCUGGACGAUGAUGCAUUCGUCGUGA